GGGCCCUGUAGAAGCAGAUAAGGAGGACGAGAAUUCCCCAUGGUGAUCUCAGCCUACAAUGUCACCUCAACCCAUCCAGCAGUCUUCUUGUUGAUGGGGAUCCCAGGCCUGGAACACCUACAUAUCUGGAUCUCUAUCCCCUUCUUCUCAACUUAUACUCUGGCUCUGCUCGGCAACUGCACCCUCCUGUUCAUCAUUCAGGCAUAUGCAGCCCUCCAUGAACCCAUGUACCUCUUUCUGGCCAUGUUGGCAGCCAUUGAUCUAGUCCUUUCAUCUUCAACCCUGCCCAAAAUGCUUGCCAUUUUCUGGUUCAGGGAUCGGGAGAUCAACUUCUACGCCUGUCUGGUCCAGAUGUUCUUUCUCCACUCCUUCUCCAUCAUGGAGUCAGCAGUGCUGCUGGCCAUGGCCUUUGACCGCUAUGUGGCCAUCUGCAAGCCACUGCACUAUACCACUGUCCUGACCGGGCCCCUUAUCACCAAGAUUGGCAUGGCCGCUGUGGCCCGGGCUGUGACACUAAUGACUCCACUCCCCUUUCUGCUCAGACGCUUCCACUACUGCCGGGGCCCGGUGAUUGCGCACUGCUACUGUGAACACAUGGCCGUGGUAAGACUGGCAUGUGGGGACACCCGCUUCAACAAUAUCUAUGGCAUCGCUGUGGCCAUGUUUAUUGUGGUGUUGGACUUAUUCUUUGUUAUCCUGUCUUAUGUCUUCAUCCUUCGGGCAGUUCUACAGCUUGCCUCUCAGGAGGCCCGCUACAAGGCAUUUGGGACAUGUGUGUCUCACAUAGGUGCCAUCCUAGCCUUCUACACACCUGUGGUCAUCUCAUCAGUCAUGCAUCGUGUAGCUCGCAAGGCUGCCCCUCAUGUCCACAUUCUUUUUGCCAAUUUCUAUCUCCUCUUCCCACCCAUGAUCAAUCCCAUCAUCUAUGGUGUCAAGACCAAGCAGAUUCGUGAGCAAGUCUUAGGACUAUUCCUGAAAAAGGAUGUGUAAAAGUAGAGUGAGGGACAGGUGGAGAAAGAGUGGGGCAGGUUGCAUGCUGAAGUUGGGGGCAGGGUAUGAUAAGAAGGAGAGGGCUGC